AUGCAGCUCGGUUGGGUGAAGCGAGACGUCGGCAUUUGCUGGUGCAGCGUUCCUGGAGUCGGUCAUUCGGGCGGCCUCCGGCAGAGGGGCGGGGAGGCCGAGGGCUUCCCGAAGUGGCCCCUCGAUCCCCGCAGGGGCGCCCGCCCGGACGACCGGUCCGGCUCCAGCGAGUUCUUCCUCGACGACCCGGACGACUUCGACGGCGCCGGCGGGCCCCUCCCCUCGGAGCCCGCGCAGCGGCAGUCCGCGGAGGCGGCCAGCUGGAGCUCGGAGGAGGCGAUGAAGGAACCCGAGGUGCUCAAGACCCUCAAGGAGCUGCACGGCAGGAACGACGACAGCGACGACGAGGAGGCGCUGGAGGACCUGGAGCGGCUCCGCAGAAUCGGCUGGGGCGGGCUUCAGCCAUCCGGCGAGUCCCAGGACGACAACUUCGAUCCAGGCUUUGAUCCUGGGUCUGGCCCUGUGGGCAAGGACCUGCCCGCCGCGCCGCCCGCCGCCGCGGGCUGGGCCGCUUUCGCCCCCGCGGCCCAGCCGCCCGCCUUCCAGGCCGACUUCGGCGGGCCUGCCGUGCCCCCGGCCGAUUUUCAGGCCGACUUCGGCGGCGCCGCGGCGCCCGCGGCGCCGCCGGACGCCGGCUUCGUGGCCGACUUCGGCGGCUGGCCGGGCGAAGGCGCGGCGGGCGGCCCGCCGGCGAAGGCCGCCUUCGAGGGGCAGCUAAUUAUAGAGCUAGCCCGGAACGAGAAUAUCCCGGAGAGUUCGGGCGUCCAAGCCGUUGUCGCCGUUGUCGCCUGUGUGCCUCCCGUUUCGGGCCUCGUCGCGGAGCUCGGCGCCUGGCCGCUGCCGUGCAGCCGCGCUGGACUGCACCACAGGGCGCCGCUGGCCGCCCCUCGGCCGCCACGGGGGCCGCAUGGCGGGCAGGGCGCGCUGGGGCUGAUUUCCGACAUCCCCGGCCCAGACAGCUUCGGGCGCACAUCGCCGCGGCUCGCUUGUGGGCCCCGCACUCAGCUGCUGCGCCCUGCCGCCGCGCGGUGA